UACCACGGCAGCGGGUAUUGGACCUGAUGAGGGUUCAAUGCAAGGUCUUCAACACCACAUACAACCCCGAACGCCUUCGUCUGGGAUCGCGCAUCCUCCACCAGCGCCUCAAGGGCCCCGCCGUCGCAUCCUACUACCCACCGCGGAUAGGAACCAUCAGCCAGUUGCGCAGCCUGUACCCCGAACACCAGAUUAUCGACGAAGAGGAGGAAGACUGGUUGGAGCAUCUCAACGUUGCAAAGUCGAGAGGAAAGGGUGCGCCCAAGAAGAAGAGGACCGCCGCCGAGUCCAAGAAGUUCAACAAGAGGAAGUAGGCCAAUGCUUCGCAAUACCGCUUUUGGCCAUAGUCAUGAUGAAUCAAAUAUCCAGAAUGCAUGUCUCGGCGUUGGGCCUGGGCAACUUCAUCAUAUUUUGCUUUUCACUUCUUUCAUGCCCUUCGCUUUCCAUUCCCUCGCGAAUUCUUCAUCCCACGCUGUUCUUACAUCUAGAUGCUCUUUGACCACAGGCGCAUUCACUUUAUGGUGCUCCACUGUGCAGUAUGUUGUCUUGCCAUCCAGGCUGGUCAUGUCGCCUCGGAUCAUAGCCAUCUGCUUGCCCACACUUACCACUCUGCUAUUGAGUCGCACCCUGGUGUUGAUGGGCACCGCCUUAAGAUAGGAGAUGUUGAGAGAACGAGUUACGCCGCCCAUGAAUUCCCAGAACCCAGGCCGAGCAAGAGG